GAACCCAGGAUGCGAGCAUCGGCUUUGGAAAGACGCCGACAUCGAUGUGCUGGUCAUGUCCAAAGCGAAAGACUCCAUUGCACCGAUUUGGUCCGCCCUGUCUCCGGCUGAACGUGCAGACAUCUUCCGCUACCUGGUUUUGUACGACCAGGGAGGCUACUUUGCAGAGCUUACAGUCUCUUGUGAGAAACCCAUCGCAGAUUAUCAGGUCCCUCAUGAUGCCCAGAUGCUGGUGGGAUAUGAGUUUGGACACCGUUGGAGUGAAGUACAACGCCUCGAGGUGAAUUUUGCCAGAACGGAGCAAUUUGCCAACUAUUUUCUUGCCUCGGCACCACAGAACCCUGUGCUCAAACGUGCCCUGGAGAUGGUGCGGGAGAGAUUCUCCUGGAAAAUUCAGAGCAACGAUCUCACAGGCGCCGCAGCCUUGAGCGACGCCGUCCAUGAAUUCUUGGAGGUCUCUACGCCCGAUGCCGUCGCGAAGGAGAACACUGUGCGAAAGAACCCGCCCUCGGUGCACUUCCUGAGCUACCCCAGUGAACAUCUCUACGGAGAAGGCGAAUGGAAGGUCUGGCUCUUGGCCGCCGGACGAGUCAACUCCGCUCCUCAGGUGGCUGCGGACGACCCGAGCGAGGGGGCAGAGCUGUUGGUUUCGCGUCGCUUGGGUG